GGGGUGAACAGGUGCCUUACCUGUUAACGCCACCUGUCCUCCUGUAGCAAUGGCUAGCGAGGAGACGCCUGGUGCUGGGCGACCAGCCGGGCAAGGUGAUGGAGUUGCGGCGGUGUCGCUCAACCCUGGGAUCCCAAUCCGAGGAAUCAAAAUGAAAUUCGCUGUCCUAGCCGGCCUGGUGGAAGUUGGGGAAGUUUCCAACCGGGACAUUGUGGAGACCGUCUUCAACCUGUUGGUGGGGGGCCAGUUUGACCUGGAGAUGAACUUCAUUAUCCAGGAGCAGGACAGCAUUGUGUGCAUGGUGGAGCUGCUGGACAAGGUGGGUGCUACUCACACAAAAUGA